UGUAGUAAUGGAGGGGGUCACAGUCGGCCAGGUAUUUGAUGCGGAAUGCAUCCUCAGCAAACGGCCGAGGAAGGGGAAGUUUGAAUAUCUGGUGAAGUGGAGGGGGUGGUCGUCUAAGCACAACAGCUGGGAGCCAGAGGAGAAUAUUUUGGACCCGAGGUUACUGGCAGCGUUUCACAAAAGAGAACAAGAGCGGGAGCUUCUGUUCCAGAAGAAAGGGAAGAGGCCGAGAGGACGUCCGCGAAAGAUUCAGCAGCCGGCACCAACUGCCACGAAAGACAGCCACUCCUCGUCCUCCUCUUCCUCCGGCCUCUCAUCAUCGGCCUCCUCCUCCUCCUCAGAAGAUGAAGAUCACGCCAAGAAGGCGAAGCCGGGCCCUCGGGUCCACCCCGUCCCCCAAAAGAGGCCCCAGAUCAUGCUGGCCAAACCGGAUCCCUCCCACAAGAAGAAGCGUGGGAGGAAGCCGCUCCACCCAGACCUGAGAGCUUUAAGACAAGCAAAGAGCAGACCUCCGCCCCCUCCGCCUCCUCCCCCUCCACGCCACCACCAGGCACUCAGACCGCCCAGAGACGAGCCUCGGCCCGGGGUGAAGAAGCCUCUGCAGCCAGCCAGCUUCACCUACACCGGACUGAGCAGGACCUCCAGAGACGAGUCUGCAUCCGCCUCACAGACCACCACCAGCUCCUUCUCCCAGACGGCCGCCUCCAAACCCGGAUCCCUCAGCUGCAUUUGGACCAGCCGCUCCCUGCCCGCCUCCUCUCUGUCUGCCGGCUCCUCUUCCUCCCACAACAAAGCCAGUCCUUCACCACAAAGUAAGAACUCUGUGUCCGAGCUGAAGCGCUCCAUGUCCGAGUCAGGCAGCAGAGGAGACGGGUUCAAAGUGUCUCCUCUGAAACAAAGCGGCGGCUCAGGGUCGUUGGGUUUGCACAGCAGCUUCGGGGGAGGCCAGGCGGCGGCCCAGCGCUCCCAGCUGGGCCAGAGGAGGCAGGAGGGCGUCGGAGGCCAGAGCGGGUUGGUUCAGCACAAACAGCAGAACUCUGCUCUUUCCAAACCGUCACCACUGUCCUCGCCCACGGCUCGAGACCGAGCCAACCAGGCGCUGAGCCUCCGAGCCCUCAACCUGCAGAGCGUCAGCAAGCUGCAGGCAGGCGGCAGCCUUCAGGGAAACAACACAAGCAGCGCUGCAGCUGCAGCGUCCAGGUCCAGCUUAAGAAGCGGCAGCACCGCUGUGAAAGGAGGAGCAGGGAGCAACAUUCGAACAUCAGCUGGAGGGCAGCGCUCGGGUCUGGCUGCAGGUGGCGCUACAGAGCAGGGCAGGGGGAAGGAGAUGUUGGCGGGAGGCAGCUCCGGCCGCGGGAACGGCGGCGGCAGGCAGGAGGACAGGAAACACGGGCUGAACUCUCAGAACCGGAGCCUGAACGAGCUCAGCACCGGAGACUCCGACGAGACCAGCAGCAGCGAAUCGGAGCACGACGCCUCGCUGUACGCAAACAGCAGCCGGCCCGGCCUCAGCAGCGACGCCGCGGGGUUGGACAUGGAAACAGACUGGAGGCCGACCCGGAGCCUUCUGGAGCACGUGUUCGUCACCGACGUCACCGCCAACUUCAUCACGGUGACGGUGAAGGAGUCUCCGACCAGCGUGGGAUUCUUCAAUUCACGAAAUCACUGAGGGACGUCCGCGAUGAGGCCUCAGUCUGCAGAGCUCAGCUGGACCCAGCUGUCUCACAGCGCUCUCCUCCAACAGCUCUCAGGGUUCCUACGCCGCCCACGAGUUCAUCUCCCAACAGCUCAGUCACCCACAGAUCAGACCGUACGUUUCUGUGGGUUCAAUAAUCCACUGACGUUACAUAAGCUGCAGGACGUGGAGAGAGCACGCUGAGCGAGAGCCCUGACCUUUACACCCCGUUUACACUGAUGUUAAAACGCAGCCUGUGAACUGAAGAAUCAGAGGAGGGAGGAGGAUUCUGUCAAACACUAUGAUCACACACUGUAAACAGUCCUACUGUUCAACAGUCGACUUAACUUCAACUCAUUUUCACUAAGAAAACAAACACUCUGAGUGAAACAGUCCGGAGCCACCUGCUAACAGCUGACAGGACUCACCUGUGAAACGCUGGGUCAGGUGUCAGCUCGAGAUCAGGCUCAGUGCAGGUGGACAGAGACUGGUCCAGGUCUCAGAGAGAUGAUUUGAUGAAGGCUCAUUCAUUCACUCCAGAACAGACUCUUUAGUGAAGACCCACUGUCUUCUCUGGCUUUCAGAUCCUCUCCUGGGCUUCAUCAGUGGAUAGGCUGUGCUCGGUGGCUCAGUUUAGCGGCUGCGUUGGAUUAAAGUGUGAAACGGGGUUUAAAGCUACAGAUGGACGUACCACACCACCUCUCCAGUGCCUCAGGUUCUCCUCACAGCAGGACUGUCACGCUCGAGCCCACUGCCACGUUCAGCUGCUCGUGAUGAUUAGUUUGAGUAGGAUGUUUGUGCUCGUCUGACCUGUAUCCAACCUAAAUGUGUGGCUUUAUCCAGGGCAGCAUGUUUCAAAGAAAUGUUCAAACAAAAAAAAAAAAAAAAAAAGAAGAAGAAGAAGUGAGGUCU